AUUGUACCUGGGACGAUGAAGAGCAGAGUGGCACAAAUCACAAUGGACAGUCAAGAAGAACUGGAGAAUAGGAAUUGCUACAAUUGGAAUUUAUUGGAAAUGACCCCUGGAGGCUUCUACUGUGGUUGGACCCUCCUUUCCUUGGUUCUGGCACCCCUUUCCUGCCAUCCAUGCCCUGUUCCUUGUGAAUGUUCUGAACCAGCUCGUACAGUGAAGUGCGUCCAAAAGGAACUAACCUCCAUCCCAGCUGGUAUUCCUGGGUACACCCGCAACCUUUUUAUAACCGGCAACCAAAUUGCCCAUGUUGGUAUCCAGGAUCUCCAAGGACUCCACAAUCUGGUCACGCUCUCCUUGGCUAACAACAGGAUUAAUGCUGUGGAGUCCCACGCCUUCUCCAAUCUCCAGAACCUGCGCUACUUGGACUUGAGCUAUAACCACUUAGUCACCAUCCAUCCUGAUGCUUUCAGUGCUAGGAACAAUUCCAUCCAGGAGCUGAAUCUCAGUCACUCACUGUACAACUUCUCUGCCAUCCACCCGGUGGCAGCUGCCCUUGUCCAAGGGGGCUUCCAGAAGCUCUCCAAGCUCGAGCUCACCAGCAACAAGAUCAUCUACUUGCCCCUUGGAAUGUUAUCCAGCCUCCCUAAACUUGAGUACUUAGACUUGAGGAACAAUUCCUUGAUAGAUAUUAAGAACUCUACCUUUUCUGGACUUCACCUCAAGUACCUUGAUUUGACCUCAAACGCCUUGAAAACUUUGAGGAGGGAAGCUUUAUUUGCCUUGGAGAGACAAUCCCACCUUAGCCUCUUUCUGAAAGACAACCCUUUUGUAUGCAAUUGUGACAUUGAAGAACUGGUCAACUGGCUGAACCAAAGCCGACAAGUAGCAGAUGUGGAAAAACUAGCCUGCAUUUUCCCCCAGGAUCUGAAGAACACCUCCUUGGUGGAUCUAGUGGGGGCAGAUCUGGAGUGCCACUACAGUCAACACAGUGAAAAUGUUCUUCAGUCCUCAUAUGCUGCAUUGGGUAUAGUUCUGGGGAUAAUUGGCAUCAUCUUCCUCUUUGUGCUUUACCUGAAUCGUGAGGGCAUCAAGACCUGGAUGAAUGGUCUACGGGAUGCUUGCCAGAAUCUGAUGGAGGAGUACCACUAUCGUUACGAAAUGGAUUCUGAUCGCCGCAUCACACAAAUCUCAUCAGUGGACAUAUGACCUCAGAUCGUUUUCAGUAAAUUUUUUGCAAUGGCAUCUUUUUUCAAACAAAGCCUGUGGCUUGGAGAUGUCAUUUCCAUUAAAAAAAACUAAAUUUUAAAGAACUUAUAGAUUAAAAUCUGUGCGGAUUCAAGGAAUUUCCUUUCCUAGUCACAAGGAAUUUCUCUAGGAGGUUUGACUAACUGGGGACAAACGAUUGCAUUCUUUUAGUGCCAGUUCUAUAAAUAUAAGCAAGUCAAAACCCUGAUGUCUUCAAAUACAGUAUUUUGAUUCCUAGAAGAAUAGAUGUCCUGGAUUCUGGCAGUCAAACUUAACUAAGAGAAUUUUAUUUUGUUCUAUACCAACGAGACCACUUAUCAACAUUGUUUGUGGAGGAAACAGAUUCCUUAGUUACAGUGGGACUUUGGUUUGUCAUUUGUUCUGUACUCUAGACCAGGGGUUUCUCACCCUGGACCAUUUUAAGAUGUGUGGACAGCAGUUGCCAGAAUUCUGAAAAUUUCUGGUCAUACAUCUUAGUGGCUCAGGUUCAGAAAUCCUGUUCUUCGUAGACAGAUGGAACAUUAUGUGAAGGAAGAACAAUAGUGUGCCAAUAAUUAUGAUCUUAUAGAAGAGGUGGAAUAGCAGUAGGUUAAGAAAAAGCAGGUGUAAUCUUGACUCCCUUAUCUUCAAUUCCUGGGAGAACUGCAAGGAAGACUUUACUGUUUGGGAUACCAGAAAUCUGGAUAGUCCACCCAAGUGUUCACUUGCAGCAAAGUUUUAUCCUUCAGAAAUGGUAGAUCUCUGAUUAGGGAUCAACAACAGGACAGAUGGUUGAAACUAAGUCCUGCUCGUGAGCAUCCUAAAGGAAUCUGACUUGUCAUUAUAGGGAUCAAACUGCUUGACUUUCUACAUAUCAAUGUUUUCCGCAGGGCCUGUGUGAAAUUCACCAGCUUGAUUCACAAGCAUACUAAGAUGAGAUCUGGUUUACUCCUCUUAUGGCUUACAGGCUAUGCGAACUAGCCAAUGUGAUUUUACAACUGUGGACUGUGAUUUUAUAUGAAUAUAUUGUGUGAGCACACCCAAUUGUGUAUCUAUGUGCUUUUUAGAAACCAGAGUUAAGUAAACUACAGAUGAGCAGUCACUGCCUUAAUUCAGAAGCAUAAGUGACUUGGCAUGUGUGACAGUAGAAGGAAUGUGUAUGAAGGUAGAAAUUGUUGGGCUUAAUUCAUUCCAUGAAUUCCACUGAAUUAAACCAACAGGAUACAAACUUAGCAUUAAAAGGAUGAUCCUAUGUGCAUGGACUUUGAUGGGUGUAGCAUGAGCCUGGAAGCUGGCUCGCUGGGGAAUUCUGGGAGUUGAAGUCCAUACAUCUUAAAGUUGCUGAAGUGGAGAAACACUGGCUAUUGUUUUGUGAAGUAAAUAAAGUCCAACGUCCAGGUUGAUCAAAUAAGUUGGAGCCCCAGAUGCAGAAUUCAAAUGCAAGUAUAGAUUGGGCUCUCAAACUGGCAUUUGUUCCCCUAACUUAGGCAUGCAGCUGGUGAAUUAAUAGAAAUUAAAAUUUCUCAACUGUAUUGUGUCCAAUCUUAGGAAAUUAUAACAUGUGGGCAGGCAUCAGCUCAAGACUUCAGCACGUGAUUUUUUUUAAAAACUUCCAAGGCUGCCAAGCAUCUGGUACAACAUUGUUUUAUU